CCUCCGUGACCGAGUUAAAGUGAAGCUUCUGUUGCCCGUAGAACCUUUGAUCAUGGGGAGUGGAAAGCAUUUGCUGCUCAUUGCAGUGUUGCCACUCCUGGUAAGAUGUCAAAAACCACAAGUUUUGAUGGUACCUGCAUUGAGAAAGGCCUUCAUUGGGGAUACAGUUUACUUAAAAUGCAAUACAAGUGCAAGCCCAGUGACAUGGCACAAACCUAAUGGUGAGCGAAUCGUCGGAGAAGACCCUUUGAAAGUGGAAAUUAAAAACUCAAAUGACGGAGGCUCUUAUUGGUGCGAGACCAGUGGGACAAAGAGUGACCCUGUUUUAGUCAAUGUCAUGGAAUCUGGUCUCAGCGCUUCACUCACCAUUGAGACAGGCCAUCAGAACAUGUGGAAGGGAGGUGCAGUUAUCCUGAAGCUUGAAAAUGAGGAUGGUCUGCAAGGGUGGAGGUGCUGGGUGUACAGGGGUGGAGAAAAGCCAGUCAUGGUUUCACUGAAAUUGGAGGGCGUCAGUAACAGUAUGGUGUUUCAAACUGCUGACCUCAAUGUCGAUGAGACUAUUUACUGGUGUACGGAUAAGGGUCGAACUCAGAGAAGUAACCAAGUAAUUCUCACCACCUCUGAUGCAUGGGAGGCUCCAGUACCACCUGAGGAGGGGGGUAAGGUGGGGAUAGUGUUGGGGAUAUUGUUGGUGUUGCUGGGGAUGUUGGUGGUGAUAGUGGUGGUAGGUUUACGACGUAGGAGAAGAAGUGAGGAAGGGCGGAUUUAUGAGGAUGUGGCGAUGAGAUCAAAAGAGCGAGGUGAUGACAAGUAUGAAACUCUGGAGAAGGCAUCUGGGAGGGAGCGCGAGUACGACACCCUUGCAGGAGCAUCAGGCGGAGAGCCGAAAGGUGGAGAAUAUGAACCACUGAAGCAAGGCGAAACGAAAGAGGGGGUAUACCACACUUUAGGGGCGGAAGGUGCGGCGGGUGGAGAGGGUGGAGAGGGUGGAUACGAAGCACUGAAGAAAAGCGAAAUGAAAGGGGGGUAUACCACGCUUUAGGGGCGGAAGGUGCAGCAGGUGGAGAGGGUGGAUACGAAGCACUGAAGAAAGGCGAAAUGAAAGAGGGGGUAUACCACGCUUUAGGAGCGGAAGGUGCAGCAGGUGGAGAGGGUGGAUACGAAGCACUGAAGAAAGGCGAAAUGAAAGAGGGGGUAUACCACACUUUAGCGGUGGAGGGUGCAGCAGGCGGAGAGGGUGGAUAUGAAGCAGUAGGGAGGAAGGAUAAGCCCAGUGAGUCUGCAACAGCGGGCGAAUGAAUAAAAAAGGAGCUGCGCCACUGCAGGAGAAACAGGUUUAAUGCUGCAAACCUAAACCAUGCGGAUGUGUUGAUCUCGAUCCCAAAGUUAAGAUUCCUUGAUUUGAAUGAAUGUUUAAGAAAUCUGACAAACUCCAGGUGUCUUUCAGGCGUGAAAGUGUCAAUACAGAUUGAGAAUUUAUAAUAAGUAAUGAAAAUAAAUCUGCGGGAGACUGUAGGGAACAGCUGGAGUGAGGUUUUUAUAAUAACAAUUUUUUCAAUGGCAGGGAAAAAUGUUUCUGAUAUAUUAAUUAAAUCAAAUGACACAGAGUAAAAUUUCAGCAAAAUCCAAAAGAGCAGCAAACACUUUGUGACACCAAGUCAACAAACAAGCAACACAUCCACACUUUACAGUUUAAUGUCUACAAAUAGUCUGCUUUAUUAACUGAUCAUUUCCUUCAGCUUUGAUGCUACAAGCUAAUAUUUGCAGUGCUAACUAUAGCGUUUCCGCUUACAUCAUUGCACGUUAUUAAUUCAUCUCACAGGAACCAAAUGGUUAGUUUAGGCAUCAUCACAUGAUUUAGAUUUCUCCAUCAUAUUUUUAAUGUACUGUAUAAUGAGCAUUUCCCAAAGCUGAGGGAUUUUUUUGUGAUAUAUAGCAAAAAAAAUUUUUAUAUGGCCGUAAUUAGCUCAUCAGCAAUGGGAUAAAUAUUUUGCACUGUGAGAUUCCUUUUAGCACUUAAGCCACUUUCUUAAAUGAUACUAUGUGAUAUUUUGAUAGGUCAAUAUCAGAUAAACUGUUUUACAAAAAUGGUAUCAUCAUUUUUUGAGAAUGGAAGCUACAGCCUGAGAGUACUGUGAGUCAAGCUCCACGUUCAGUUAUUAAGUGUUUUUGAACUGUUCCUUGUAUGAAAAUGAAACCGUAUAUCAAUAUCAAUAACAUUUUUCUCUCAAUAAAAUCACAUAUACAACGCAGGUGUUUGUGGCUAAAUGUGUUGCAGCCAGCCUAUUUGACUGGUUUUAUUGACACUGUUUUAUUACUUUUUCUCUUCUGAAAUGCUGGAAUGAGACUAUAAGAUUUUUUUUUUUCAUUUUGUUAAAAGGAAAAAGUUUUGCCUUGUUUUUGCUGUUUUGGAAAUGUUUUGCUUUCAGGGAUUUUUUGUUGUUGUUUUUGUACAUAUUAUUUAAUAUUCUGUGCUGAAAGACUGUACACGAUUCAAGAUUCAAAGAUUCAAAGCGUUUAUUGUCAUGUGUGCAAAGAAAAAGCAUUUCUCUGUACAAUGAAAUUCUUUCUCUGCUGUCCACACGCAGAUACUGGUUAAUAUGUACAAACAGAUAAAAUACAAAUAGCAGGAAUAAAGGCUUGAGAUUAUAUUAUUACUACAAA